CUGUGGAAUGUGCGAUGCACAUUACGCAGACACCGAAAGAAGGUCCAACCUGCGGUCACUAGAAGCGCUCCGGUCCGCUUGCAGAAAGCGCUCUUCUGUCUUCGCCCUGAACAUACUCGCCGUGUCCUGGUCCUCUGGCUGAAGCUCCAUCAGGAUGUCUACACCUGACUCAACCUUCUUCCUCACCAUGCUGCCCACAUUAACCUCAUCCACUCCAGAGGUUCCAGCUGUGGAGGCCAACGCCACCUCCUGCCAGCAGUGGGAGCAGGUCCAUCACAUGCUGUUCCAUCUGGGGAACCUGUCCCUGCUGCUGGGCCUGCUCAUUCCCACCACCCUGGGGCUGCACAUGAUUUUGCUGCGCCUCCUCCUGAUGACAGGAUGCAGUCUUUUCAUUGCUUGGGCCACUUUGUAUCGUUGCAACCUUGAUGUGAUGGUUUGGAACGUGGUGUUCUUGGUGGUCAACUUCAUGCACUUAUUCUUUCUCCUGUAUAAGCGCAGGCCGAUUAAGAUUGACAGGGAGCUGCGGACUGUCUACAAGCGGAUGUUUGAGCCUCUCCAUGUGCAGGAGGCUUUGUUUCAGAGGCUAACAGGACAGUUUUGCACCAUCCAGACUCUGAAGAAAGGCCAAGCAUAUGCUGCUGAGGACAAGACCUCCGUGGAUGAACGCCUCAGUAUCCUGCUCAAAGGAAAGAUGAAGGUGUCAUAUCGAGGUCAUUUCCUCCACAACAUCUAUACCAACUCAUUCAUCGAUUCUCCAGAGUUCAGGUCUACUGAGAUGCACAGAGGGGAGAAGUUCCAGGUGACAAUAGUGGCAGAGGAGAACUGCAAGUUCCUGUGUUGGUCUCGAGAACGGCUCACUUACUUCCUAGAAUCAGACACUUUCCUGAAUGAGGUGUUCAAGUACCUCAUCGGCAAGGACAUCACCAACAAACUGUACACUCUAAAUGAUCCCACACUCAGUGAUAAGGCAGUGAAAAAGAUGGACCGUCAGCCCAGCCUGUGCUCUCAGCUUUCUAUGAUGCAGAUGAGGAACAGCAUGGCGAGCACUAGUGACACAGAUGAUGUUCUUAACCAGAUCCUACGAGGAGGAUCUGCUGGAUCAUCUCUCCAAAAAUCACCUGAAACCAAAUCUUCGACUAAGAUGAGGCCUAUAGAGGAAGGCAUGGAGGACGAUGUUUUUGAAGAAUCCGUCUCCUCUGUGCAGCAGCACACAGCUUCCACCAAAGAAGUGUAGGGAUCAGGUGAAGAUCAACUAGCAACACCAGUAUUUUAUCACCUCCUUUAGAGCCUGACUACUUUACUGAUACCUGCCAGUGCCAGUAAACAAAGAAAGUGUUCAAGUGUUCAUUUGUAAGCAUCCUUUAUACACAAUGUUUGUUCAUUAGAAAGCAUGAGUUUUAUUUUCCUUUGUACUUUUUCAGUGUUGUGUUGUUUAAAAAUUAAUCUUUGCAAAAAUAUGUAUUUUUUGCAAAAUUAAGACAACUUCUUGGUUUGAGGGAAUUUAUGUGAAAUAUUAUCAGAGAAUACAAAUGUUUGUCACUAGGUCUUUGUAUUUAAGACUUUACUAAACCAUGUAUUUUAGUGUAGCUGUUUUUCCUUAUGCUUCUGAGGUUUAUUAUAUUCUGCUGCAUUUGUAUUCUUUCAUUUUUGGCACCUGCUGUCAUUGUUCCUAUGGCAAUCACUGCUGUAGUAUGUAACAUUUUUGUCAUCUGCCAUCUACUCAGUUUUUUCCUGCUAAGUCAGAUAAUAGUGCCCUCUUGUGUUCAUUUGAUUAAAUACAUGACUGAAUCAUUUCAGAAAUAUACUGUGUUCGAUCAUAACUGUCAGAAAUGAUCACUGACACUAACAAUUGUAAUUCUAUGAAUAAAUAAAUGUUUAAAAAUGGG